AUAAAUCUGAAAUUCCAGCUAUACAACCACCUAAAAGAAACAAAACACAAUCCUCAAAGUUAAAACUAUCAACAUUUUGUACUUGGUUACUAAAAGAUUAUUUUGCAAAAAUUAAAGCACAUAUUGAAGAAAACCAAAUUAAAGAAUCAGUAACUUGGUCUCAGUUAGGAUAUACAGUACAAGAAAGUUGGAUCGAAGAU